AUGAAGCGCAAGGUAUUGCUGAUGGGGCAGUCAGGAUGUGGCAAAACAAGUAUGCGAUCUCUCAUCUUCUCUUCCUACCGAGCCGCCGACACCCGACGACUCGGCUCCACCCUAGACGUCGAGCACUCGCAUGUGCGCUUCCUCGGCAACCUCGUGCUCAACCUCUGGGACUGCGGCGGGCAGCAAUCCUACAUGGACUCGUAUCUCGACAAGCAGCGUAGCCAAGUGUUCUCCACGGUUGGGGUGCUCAUCUACGUGUUCGACCUGGUUGGCGCAGAGGGCGGGGAGGAAGGGCAGACGGAAUGGGAACGCGACCUACGCUACUACAAGGACUGCAUCAGCGCUCUGUACCAGUACUCACCCGACGCGCAGGUGUUCUGUUUGCUGCACAAGAUGGACCUGGUCGACAAGAGUCGGAGAGCAAGUGUGUACUCGAGUAGGGUCAAGGAACUGAGGCGCAAGAGCCGGGAAGUGGCACAGGCUGCGGCGGGUGCGGGUGCUGCAGGGAUGGGUAAAGAGGGUUUCAGGGUGCAUUGUUUCGCGACUAGCAUCUGGGACGAGAGUCUGUACAGGGCGUGGAGUCGAAUCGUCCAGACGCAGAUCCCGGCCCUCAGCGUGCUCGAACGCCACCUGCAGCUCUUGGCCGAUACGUGCUCUGCAAGCGAAGUGGUUGUAUUCGAACGCACCACGUUCCUCGUCAUCGCCAAAGCUGCCGGUAGCACCUCCGCUACGACGGGGGCCCUCUCCUCCUCGUUCGAACGAUCGUCUCUCACCACUACUUCCGGCAGAUUCACGUAUGACGAGGAAGAAGAAGGCAUGGAAGGCUUUCGCGACACCCAGGGCCGCCUAUCCACCGCUCCCCUAGGCUCAGGCUUCAUCUCCUCCAUCGACCUACCCUUCUCCUCCUCAUCCAAACCAGCACCACCGACAACACUCGAUCCAGAACGCUUCGAAAAAGUGUCGGAACUCGUCAAGAACUUCAAGCUGUCUUGCCAAAGGCUCCCCGCCAAAUCGUCCCAAUGCGAGUUCCAGGCGGUGGAACUCAAAGCUUCGCACUUUUCGGCAUACAUUGACAGUCUUACUUCCAACACGUACAUUAUGAUCCUGGUCACCGAUCCGAGCAUCCAAAUGGCGAGUGUCAAGCUGAAUGUUCAGUUGGCAAGGGAUCACUUCGAACGCUUGCAGGCGAUCAAUCUUCGUUCUUGA